UUUCCAUUUUUACCCAAACUUGUUUAACCAGCUUUGAGUUAAGAGAACAGGAAGAAAGAACUGACACCUCCUUUCUGCAAAACAUUAUGCCAGGCGAAAAACUGGGAUCUGCUUAUUCACGCAAUUAAUUCAAGCUAAUUGUCAUCCUCCUCUUUGAUAUCCUGGAAUUGUGUGUUUCUGUCAGUAAAAGUUUGUAACGUGGCACUUGGCACUUUGUCAGCACAGCGUGUCUUUCUGGGAGGGCUCAUCUGGCAAGGGGAAACAUCCGUCCUGACGUGUGCGAGGGCCAGAUCCUGGGAUUUUCCAAGACUUCUUUUUCCACGCGGAAUUUCCCGUCUCGUGGAGGGCAGGCUAGUUGAGGGAAUAAAAGGCAGAGCAUUCCAGGGUCCAGACACUUGGAGCUGAACUUGAUUUUCAAGGCUGAGUUCAUCCACUUAGCCACAGAAAGCAGUCUCUGGGAAGCAGCGCAGAAGAAUUCUGUCACCUGGACACUGCAGCUGCAAACUCCAUCUGCUUAAAAGACAGAGAAAACUCUCAGAAGCAUGAUUUGCUUGCAGUUCCUAUCUCUUCUUACCUAUGGACUUACAGUGUUGCAGGGAGUGAAUGGAUGGACAUACCAUUAUUCAGACACAAACAUGACCUACAGGGAAGCAGAGCUGUGGUGCAGAAAAAAGUAUACUAACCUGGUUGCCAUCCAGAACAAGGAGGAAAUCAAACAUCUCAAUGCCUUCUUACCCUUCAAUCCGGGUUACUACUGGAUUGGAAUCAGAAAAAUUAAUGAUGUGUGGACCUGGACUGGAACUAACAAAGAACUGACAGAAGAAGCAAGAAACUGGGCUUCAGGGGAGCCAAAUGGCAAAGGGAACAAUGAGGACUGCGUUGAGAUCUACAUCAAAAGAGGGAAGGAUGAUGGCAAAUGGAAUGAUGAGCAGUGUGAGAAAAAGAAAGUCGCCUUGUGCUACACAGCUUCUUGCAACCCAUCUCUCUGCAGUGGCCAUGGAGAAUGCAUAGAGACUAUCAACAACCACACCUGUCAUUGCAACCCUGGGUUCUAUGGGCCUGAAUGCGAGUUUGUUAAGAGCUGUGGUCCACUAAAGAAACCUGAUCAUGGGAGCCUUGAGUGCCACCAUCCACUGGGGGACUUCAGCUACAACUCGUCCUGCACAGUUCAGUGUGAGGAGGGCUAUGAGCUGACUGCACUGGAAUCUGUUCACUGUACCUCUUCUGGGGUCUGGUCUGCCCCCCUUGCAGCAUGCAGAGCUGUGACCUGUCCUGCCUUGGAAAUGCCUGUCCAUGGGGCUGUGAACUGCUCCCAUGCCUCUGUGCAGCUCACCUGGGGAACCACCUGUGAGUUCACCUGUGAGGAAGGAUUCACCUUGACAGGACCAGCUACACUGCAGUGUGGCUCUUCUGGGGCCUGGGACAGGCAGCAGCCAAGCUGUGCAGCUGUGAAGUGUGAGGCUGUCCCGUGGCCAGCAGAAGGCUCUGUGAGCUGUGACCACUCUUCUGCAGACCUCACCUCUGGCUCACGUUGUCAUUUCCAGUGCAGUGAGGGAUAUGUCCUGGAGGGCUCGUCCAGCACUGAGUGCCUGCCACAGGGACAGUGGUCACAACCAGUGCCCAAAUGCAAAGCUGUGACCUGUCCUGCCUUGGAAAUGCCUGUCCAUGGGGCUGUGAACUGCUCCCAUGCCUCUGUGCAGCUCACCUGGGGAACCACCUGUGAGUUCACCUGUGAGGAAGGAUUCACCUUGACAGGACCAGCUACACUGCAGUGUGGCUCUUCUGGGGCCUGGGACAGGCAGCAGCCAAGCUGUGCAGCUGUGAAGUGUGAGGCUGUCCCGUGGCCAGCAGAAGGCUCUGUGAGCUGUGACCACUCUUCUGCAGGCCUCACCUCUGGCUCACGUUGUCAUUUCCAGUGCAGUGAGGGAUAUGUCCUGGAGGGCUCGUCCAGCACUGAGUGCCUGCCACAGGGACAGUGGUCACAACCAGUGCCCAAAUGCAAAGUCAUACAGUGUGAACCACUGAGCUCUCCUGAGAAAGGCUCCAUGGAUUGCUCCCACGGGGCUGGGAUCUUCACCUACAACACUUCCUGCCACUUCAGCUGCCCUGAAGGAUGGAAUCUCAAUGGCUCUCGUGUUCUUGAGUGCAGCCAUUCAGGAAACUGGAGUGCCAGCCUGCCCACUUGUGAAGCCUCUGACCAAGCCAGCUACAUCUCUGUGGGCAUAGCAGCCACUUCUGCCUCUCUGCUGUCCACAGCAUCCUUCCUCCUUUGGCUUGCAAGGCGCUUCCGGAGAAAAGCGAAGAAGUUUAUUCCUUUCAGGAACUGGCAGGAAACAGCCAGUGAGGGUAGCUUCCAAAGCGCUGGCGAGAAUGUCUAAGUCAGGUGUUUCAGGAAUUGCAGCCACCUUCACUUACGUCUCAGAUUUCUGGAGAACGAAACUGCUUGCAAAUCAGCAGCUGUCCAGAUGUUUUUACCUCUUGCUGACAAGAUGAUUGACCUUGUGUAUGAUUCAGAAAUCUUGAACUCAAGCUGUCUGGUCUUUCCAUUGAAGACAAGCAAAAAACUCUGGCCUUCUGGCCAAAUCCUUCCUACAUUCAGCCAUGAAGUUAUCCUAAACUGGGAGCUUGCCAUCUCCUGUUCAGAUGCUGAGCAAAUAGUGCUCUGCUGCCUAAUGAGGAGGCUGGUUCCUCCUCUGCUCCACUCAAAGGUACCGAGGUGAGGUGAAGACAUGCAUUAUUUCACAUCACUUACUACACUCCUGGACGUGUCUCCUGUGGAGUCACAGGGGUUAUGCUUGCAGAAACAGAAGUAUCAGGAUGAAAAAAAUAUUCGCUGAACAGCUUUGAAACUAUUGAUCUGGUUUGUGGAAGUCAGUUUAUUUUGAGAUACCCCAGCCAAUAGAUAUGCCUGCAGUGAUAUGGGCAAUUAUUUGGGUUUCUGCUGCAUAUACAAGAAAACAUAGAUACUUUUUAUUAAACUAUAGCAGCACUAGGAACCAUAGUGCUUACACAAGGUAUUCUGAAUGCAGCAGGUAGAUCUGAAAUUAUCUCAUCCCUGUGGGAUUGUGUACUGUAAUAUGUGUAUAUACAUAUAUAUUUAUUUGUGCAGCUUUUACUGUGGAUAUUUCUGUGCUCUUAACUGUACGUGUAUUGUAAAAUACUUGUUCUUGAGUGGGUCUGUGGCUGUUGAGCAAUUGAUCAGAAUUUAUUUUAACAUAAAUUGGAGGUGUUUGUCAGGAUUGCAUGCCUGCAUGUUUACGAAUGAAAUGGAAGACUGAGAUUUGUGUGUUUUAUGUAUUAAAAAUAUGAUAUUUUUUGAACUGUUAAAAGUCUUCAUAUGAGAGACUCUCUUAAUUUAUGUUUAAGUUAUA